AUGAAUCUUAAUCUCAUGGAUUUUAUUAAGAAUUGUUUCUGCUCUGACAUCACGGAGAUUCAGUGUAGCAUGCUGCCGUACAACCAGAGCGGAGUGUUGCCGGGGACGACGGUCGUCAAGAGCAGCGAGCUGCAGAUGUUCCUCAAGUUCUUCAGCUACCUGAGUCAACUGUCCUGCUACAGACACAUCAUGCUGUUCGGAUGCUCCAUCGCACUCCCACAAUGCAUCAGCCACAGAGACCGCAGGUCUGUGACACCCAUCACUCUCUGUUUCUGCUCUGACAUCACGGAGAUUCAGUGUAGCAUGCUGCCGUACAACCAGAGCGGAGUGUUGCCGGGGACGACGGUCGUCAAGAGCAGCGAGCUGCAGAUGUUCCUCAAGUUCUUCAGCUACCUGAGUCAACUGUCCUGCUACAGACACAUCAUGCUGUUCGGAUGCUCCAUCGCACUCCCACAAUGCAUCAGCCACAGAGACCGCAGGUCUGUGACACCCAUCACUCUCUGUUUCUGCUCUGACAUCACGGAGAUUCAGUGUAGCAUGCUGCCGUACAACCAGAGCGGAGUGUUGCCGGGGACGACGGUCGUCAAGAGCAGCGAGCUGCAGAUGUUCCUCAAGUUCUUCAGCUACCUGAGUCAACUGUCCUGCUACAGACACAUCAUGCUGUUCGGAUGCUCCAUCGCACUCCCACAAUGCAUCAGCCACAGAGACCGCAGGACUCUGGUUCUGCCCUGUCGGUCGUUCUGUGAAGUGGCUCGUGAGGGCUGUGAGCCCGUGCUGCAGAUGUUUAACGCGUCCUGGCCGGAGCUCCUGCGCUGCUCUCAGUUCACCAACAACAUGGGAACGAACGCUGAAAACACGCCGCUCUGCUACACGCCGCGACACGCCAGAGGAAAGCUCUCUGCGUGUGGAAGAAGCGAUCACUUCCUGUGUGCGACCGGAAUAUGCAUCCCCCUGAAACUAGUGUGCAAUGGAUACAACGACUGCGACGACUGGAGCGACGAGGCCGACUGCACUUGUGCGGAUGGUCAGUAUUUGUGUACCACCAGUCGCUGUAUCAGUUCUGAUCUUCUGUGCGACGGCUACGAUGACUGUGGUGAUCUGAGUGAUGAGCAAAACUGUGUGUGUGACCUGACUAAAGAGCAUCGCUGUGGAGAAGGACACUGUAUUCCUCGAGACUGGCUCUGUGACGGAGAUCAUGACUGCCUGGACAAAAGUGACGAGCUGAACUGCUCGUGUAAGUCCCAGGGUUUAGUGGAGUGCAGGAACAGGCAGUGUAUUCCCAGCGCCUUCCGCUGUGAUGGUGAAGAUGACUGUAAAGAUGGCAGUGAUGAAGAGAACUGCACACAACAACAGACUCAGGGGUUGUGUCCUCCUGGUCAGUCCAGUUGUACUUCAACCUCCUGCUCCUCUGGCUGUCAUGGAAACACGUCAUGUGACCUGCGCAACACUGGCAACAACUGCAGUGGCUGUGAGCCCAUCUCUCUGGAGAUCUGCAUGAAUCUGCCCUAUAACUCCACCCGCUUUCCCAACUAUCUGGGUCAUCACUCUCAGAAGGAGACGUCUGUGAGCUGGGAGUCCUCGCUCUUUCCUGCACUCGUUCAGACAAACUGCUACAAAUAUCUCAUGUUCUUUGCGUGUACGGUGCUUGUGCCCAUGUGUGACCCUGUAACGCAGCAGAGAGUGCCGCCCUGCAGGUCUUUGUGUAGGAUUUCAAAGGAACGAUGUGAAUCAGUGCUAGGAAUUGUGGGAUUACAGUGGCCUGAGGAUACAGACUGCACUCAGUUUCCAGAGGAAGGUCAAGCAAAUAGUUCCUGUUUGCUUCCCGACCCGGAAGUGAACGAGUGCUCACCCAGUCACUUUAAAUGCCGCUCGGGAAGAUGUGUCCUCUCAUCCAAACGCUGUGAUGGACACACAGACUGUGACGACGACAGUGACGAGAAAACAUGCGGGUGUGUGGAGCGGGGCUUGUGGGAAUGUCCCGGAGACAAAACCUGCAUCCAUCACAACGUGAUCUGUGACGGCUUUCCUGACUGCAGCCAACAGGAGGACGAGAAGAACUGCUCUGCAUGUAGCAGUCACGAGAUGGAGUGUAAUAAUCAUCAGUGUGUUCACCGAUCGCUGUGGUGUGACGGCAGGAGACACUGCUCUGACAGCUCAGACGAGUGGAACUGUGGUAGUUCUCCUCUCUCUGCACACGCGGUGCUGGACGUGUCGUCUGCUGCGGGACGGAGGCGCUGGCUGCAUGUCGACCCAGACUGGAAUCCACAGAACAUGUUUCCUCUACAGGGCCUGCUGGAAAAGCGAGGGCAGAGCUGCACAUCAUCCAAGAAGAUCUCACUGAAGUGCACAAGAGACAAAUGUGGCCGUCGGCCUGCUGCCCGGAUGGUGAAGAGGAUUCUGGGAGGCCGCACUAGUCGUCCGGGCCGGUGGCCGUGGCAGUGCUCUCUACAGAGUGAACCCAGCGGACAUAUCUGUGGCUGUGUGCUCAUCGGGAACAAGUGGGCACUAACUGUAGCGCACUGCUUUGAGGGGCGUGAGAGCACAGACGUGUGGAAAGUGGUUCUUGGCAUCAAUAAUCUGGAUCAUCCAUCUCCAUACAUGCAAUCGCGGCAUGUCAAAAGCAUCAUCGUCCACUCGCGCUACAACCGGGCCGUGGUGGACUACGACAUCAGCGUGCUGGAGCUGGAGACCAAGGUGGAGGUGACCAGUUACGUGCGUCCUGUCUGUCUGCCUGGCCGCGGACAGCUGCCCAAAGCUGACCAGUACUGCCACAUCACGGGCUGGGGUCACAUGGGGAAGAAAAGAAGCCAGUGA